AUGGACUCCGAGUACGUCUUAUGCAAUUGGAAAGGCCGCUUUUGGCCAGCAAGGGUCUUGUCCAGAUCUGAAACCUCACCGAGAGAUAAGAGGAAAAGGGCAUGCUGUCUGCAGGUUGAAAUACUCACAGUGGGCAAAAAACUUAAAGUGAAAAGCAGAGAAGUAAAGAUCCUAAAUGAGUCUCAACUUGAGUCCAUUUCCUCCUCGAGAGUGGCCCGGCCGAAGGCCAGAGUCCCACCAGGAGAGGGAGUGGCCCACAGAAGGGCUCUUACACUGGCCCUGGAGAUCCUGAAAGAGAGAUCCAACUUGGAUCCGUCGAGAGCAUCAGACGAUCCAGAGAUCACUACGAUGUCUCAGAAGGGGCCACAAAAGCGACCUCGUAAGAGGUAUCGGAAGCCCAAAGGGAACUCACUGAGAUGCCUUCGCAAGAGUAAAACCCCCAAAUCACGGCUGGUGUGUUCACAGGCCGAGGGCACCGCCGACGGUGUCAAAUCACAGGGACCCACAUCUGCCGCUCCUGUUCCGAGGGAGACGCGAGCAAAGUCCUCAGAGCGCUCCCGCAUGUGCCCAAACUUCCCAUUGCUUGCAUCAGAAGGUGACCCUGAGAAAGAGCGCAAGGAAAAGACGGACGCCUCAAAAGUUAUGCCCUGGCAUCGUACCGUCAAGGAGUACGGCACACGUGCUAAAAAUGGAUGUGUCCUUCCAUCUCUGCCACCCGGUUCCAUCGCCACUGUGCCCAAGGCUCUGAAAAGGAAGGCGCCAUGCAGCCCCCGCCCGAAGACCCCGGCUGUCUCCUCUGAGUGCUCUACCAUCUCCCGGAACGUUGAGGACCCUGGAGAGGGAGCCUGGAAGCCAGGCUCCAAAGGUGUGGCAGCAUCCUCCAGUGCCCCCAACCCGAGGCUGCGGCAUUCGCUCCGUCUGGCAAGCAAAACGAGAAAGCGGUGGGCACCAGAGUUUAAGAAAGGACGGCAAAGACCUCAACCUUUAGUUGACUCACAGGCUAUGAACCCCGCCCCUGCUCUGAAGAAGGAUGUCGCCAAGGAUGCGGGGCCACCGGUAAGCAUGGCCUUCCCACAGGAGCCGUGUCCCAUUGAAAGAGGAGUGAUGGUCUGGUUCAAAUUUCAGAAUCACCCGUUUUGGCCAGCAGUGGUGAAGAGUGUCAGCCACACAGAGCAGACCGCCAGGGUGCUUCUGAUCGAUGCCAACAUGCUCCCCGAACGGAGCGGCAUCCGAGUGCCUCUGCGGAGAUUAAAGCAUCUGGAUUGCAAAGAGAAAGAGAAACUGAUGAAGAGAGCCAGGAAAGUGUACGAGCAGAGCGCGAACUGGUGCUUCUCCCUGAUUUCCCACUACAGAGAAGGGCUCGGCCGUGGGUCGUUUGCGGGUUCUUUCCUGGACUACUACGCUGCCGAUAUCAGCUACCCAGUGAGGAAAGCCAUCCAAGAGGGGGAUCUGGAGAUUGAUUUCCCAAAGGUGAAUUACGCUGACCUGGAAGAUUCUGAGGACGAGAGCUCCGUGGGCGGGAAGAGGCCCUGCAAGAAAAUUCUCCCUGACCGGAUGAGGGCCGCUCGGGACCGAGACAACCAGAAGCUCGUGGACUUCAUUGUGAAAAGAAAGGGGGCCGACUCCCACCUUCUGGACAUCGUCAAAGGCAGGAAACAGUCCAGGUGGCUGGUGUCGUUUCUGAAUUCGAGCAGGUAUGUGAUCUGCGUUGAGACAUACCUGGAGGAUGAAGAUCAGCUGGAUGUCGUGGUAAGACAUUUACAAGAGAUCUACAAGCAAAUUGACAAGAAGGCGCUGACUCUGACGAGAGAUGACAAAGUGAGUUUUGUUCUGGAAGUCCUUCUGCCAGAAGCCAUCAUUUGCUCAAUUGCUGCCCUCGAUGGGUUAGAUUACAAGAAGGCGGAAGAAAAGUACCUGCAAGGGCCACCUGUGCAUUACCGGGAAAAAGAACUCUUUGAUAAAAAUAUCUUAAAGAAAAUAAGAAAGAGACCGGCAAUCAGGGGCAACGCUAAAUAA